GUGUCUGAAAGAGAGAUUGUGAUUUUUUUAAUAAAAGAAAACGAAAUUCACAAAAAAUGAUAGAAAACGUUUUAGAUAAGUUCUCUGAUUGUGUAUUUUUGUUUCUGACUGGAGAAAGCAGAGACGGCCAAGGAUUGUUAGUAAAAAGGCAUUCUGAAAGUUUAAACGUACACGGCGACUUCAGCUUUCCAAACAGAGUGAAAUCCUGGCACGGAUACAUUGAUGCUUCAAAGGCGAAAGAAAAUGAUGAUAGCUUGUUGCAGUGCAUCGGGAAAUCUACUGAUAAUUUAGUUCGUGAAUCACAAAACUGGGUCCUACAAAUAAACAUAGUUAAAGAACAUAAGGACCGCAUUCAUUUAUUUCUUGACCGAACAAAAUCUAUUCGUACGGGUUUGAAAGAAGCGUUACAAACCAACGCAACGGUUAUCAAAAGAAUAAACGAGACACUUGAUUCAGUAACAUGUGAUCCACUUUGUAAUGAUGAUACCUUGACAUCGUUUCGUUUACGACAUCUGAGCAGAACUAUACAGAAUCUUUGUACACUGUGCGGGAACAAAACACCCAUAUUUGUAAGUUGGAAAUCAUCUAGUAUCAGCCCUGAUGGCAGACAUAAGGUGCUGUGCGGAGCUGUUGUUAAUGCUAAAACAGGGAACAAGGAAAAUGCAGUUGAUGGGAAUGAAUUUAUAAGGCUACGCCAAGACGAGAUGACACUAAUCGCUCAACACAAGUAUGGAGUAAGGGUGUCCACAGACUCUAAAUGGAAAGAGUUCAUAGCUAAUCUUGGGGAGUCAGCUGCCAUAUUUGAGCUGCUUCAGACUAAACCUAGUAGUGCAGUUAAAAUCAACUUUGAUUGUUCAUCAACAGGGUCAAGUAAAGGAGCUGCUUUCAUUCUAUACAACUGUGCCAGGCUGGAGACUAUUGUGCGGACAUUUAAUGAGAAAGUUGAUGACGGAACUUAUCCUCCUUUACCAGACUUUGAACAUACGGAUUUCGAUUUACUCACACAAGAAGAUGAAUGGAGCAUUAUAUUCAACUUUAUUAUGGGGUUUCCGUCUCUCAUAAAUAACUCCAUGGAUAUCAGGGAAGCUACGUGCGAAUUCCGACCACACCAGAUCUGCGGCUUUCUGUGCUCUAUGGUUAGAGUGUUCAGCCAGUACUACAGGAGAGUUAGGAUACUGACAGAGCCAAGAAAGCAUCUGUUGCCAGUAUUGUACGCCAGAAUUCACAUGUUGAAAAUACUGAACGAGACCCUCAAGAUAUGCUUGAAAAUAUUAAAUAUUAAAAGUGUUACGCAAAUGUAAA